AUGCUGCGGCCGCGGGGCUGCGGGGGCCGCUCCCGGGAGCUGGUGGGCGGGCGCCAGGACCUGGCCCUGCGCGGCGGCCUCUACCUCCUGCGGCAGAUGGGCCCCACCGGCUUCCUGCUCCGGGAGGAGGAGCCCGAGCGCGGGGACUUCCGAGUUUUUUUAGGAAAUCCUCAUGUUUGUAACUGUUCCACAUUUCUGAAAGGAGGGGAACUUUGUAAGCAUAUAUGCUGGGUCUUGUUGAAAAAAUUCAAGCUUCCAAGGAAUCAUGAAUCUGCUUUGCGGUUAGGUCUCGUGGAGAGAGAAAUCAGUGACUUGCUCCAAGGAAUACAUCGAGUUCAAACUCCCCAAAAAAGAACAAAUGGCGAAGCUGUGCACAUUGAGGAAGACGGGUACAUCAAACAGAAGGAAAUUGGCUCAGAUGAUAUCUGCUCUAUUUGUCAAGAGUUACUUUUAGAGAAAAAGCUUCCUGUCACAUUUUGCAGGUUUGGCUGUGGCAAUAGCAUCCAUAUAAAAUGCAUGAAGAUCCUGGCUAACUAUCAGGAUCCAAUUUCAGAUACUUCCAUGUUGAAAUGUCCUCUGUGUAGGAAAGAGUUUGCACCAUUAAAACUUGUUUUAGAAGAAUUCAAAAACUCUAGCAACCUUGUGACUGCAGCUGAAAGAGAGCGACUGGAUAAACACCUUGGAAUUCCCUGUAAUAACUGUAAACAAUUUCCAAUUGAGGGGAAAUGUUACAAGUGUACCAGAUGCAUAGAGUAUCACUUAUGCCAGGAAUGUUUUAAUGGCUGCUGCCACCUUUCUCACCCAUUUGCAUUUCGUGAGAAGAGAAAUCAAAGAUGGAGAUCACUAGAAAAAAGAUCAGAUGAAAUUGUAAAAUGUGUCAAUAUUAAAAAUGAGAUAGAAGAAAAGAUGCCACAUUUUCAAGGAAAGGAAGGCCCAGUUUACACACCAAAACAAGUGGUGAAGUCACUGCCUCUCUUACUAAUUACAAAGAAUAGUAAGAUGCUUGCUCCAGGCUAUCAGUGUCGACUCUGUUUGAAGGCAUUUCGUCUCGGUCAACAUACAAGAUUACUACCAUGUACUCACAAGUUUCAUAGGAAAUGUAUUGACAAUUGGUUAUUCUACAAGUGCAACUCAUGCCCUAUUGAUGGACAAGUUAUAUAUAACCCUUUAAUCUGGAAAGAUACAGCAGUAAAUGGACACGCACAUCAGUCCACUUCAAACGCAAGCAUCACUCAUCUGUCAAAACAGGAAGAACCAGAACUUUUUAUUCCUGGUACUGGAUUAGGCUUAAAACAAAAUAGACUUGGAAUUUUACCAAGCAUACCUCAGUGUAAUUCUGGAAAACUGGAUACACCUGAAAGUUCAGCAAAUACCUAUCAGAAUAUAACAAUAGAUGAUCAAUUCUCUAUCAAAUCAGAUGAUUCAAACUCAAGGAAAUUAAUCUAUGAAUAUAAAAUUAGCCAACAUUUUCCCAGGUAUCUUCAAGAUUUACCAACUAGAACUGUUGGAAAAAUGUCAUCUCAAACAUUUCUUCCUUCUAUUGCUCACAAGAAUAUGGUAUGUUCCACUGGAAUGGAAAGCCCAUGUAUCAGUGAAAAACACUACGCUGGUCAAAGCCAGAAGAUGGCCAGAGACUGUAAACGUAUUAACCACAAUCCAAAGAAGACUCUUGGUACUAGAAUAAAAGAAGAGAAGAAGAGAUAAAGUACUUUCCUCCCAGAAGAUUUAAAUCUUGAUGUCAGUUGGGGUACAACCAAGAUUAGUUCGCCUAAAAGAUACAAUAAUUGCAUGGGAAAAAUUAGACAAAAAUGUAGUAAUCUGUCAAGAAGGCCCGAAUCUCAUCCUUUAAAGACAAAAAGUCCUGAGCUAUCUUUAAUAUUGGAAGGAAUUCAGUUAUGA